GCCUCUGCUCGGCUUUGGUCUGCUGUGCUUGGGCUCCUACAUAUCUUAUUCUCAACCUUUCCGCUCUUUACCCAUACCCCUUACGACUGUUGCUCUACGCCUGCUGCUCCGGCCCCUCGUCUGUAUGGCUGAAGCCGUCUUCGACGAUCAUCCGCUAGAGGAGUACUUCAGACUGUCCGGUGAAGACGUGCUGCCCAUUCCGGGUGGCAUAUCCGAGUUCUCUCAAGAGCUGGACGAGAGCAUCGGCAAACCUCAGGAACCCUUGUUGGCGUUAGAGCGACUGCCUCCGUCUCUCGUGAAUCUUAUCCAGAUAGCAAGUUCGUUCUUCGAAUGCAGACAAUCUUCCGAGAAUGCCUUCGCCGAGCGCUUCAAGUACGACGUGAUCUCGUCUUCCCUUCUCUCAGCCACCGUCGCCGCCACACCGACCAUUCGACGCACCUUCACACUCGAGCCAGACGAUGCUAGUGACGUAGCAUCGUCUGACGACGACAAAUCCAGCACUACGCUCUCCUCCCCGCUAUCCGAGUUUCAAGUACCGAUGGCGCUGGUGUGCGUCGCCGCAGUCGCACUGGCGGCGGAGUACUAUUUUGUUGCUAUAUUCCUCAUGCUAGCCUCAGCAUAUGCGUGGCAUUCCGUACAGGCGACCUCGGAAAUUGCCGCAAAUACGACCUCUACAUUGGAUGCAGUCAACCAGCUAAUUCGGGCAGGAAAUAUCUGGGACUCCGCGGUCAACGAGGCCAUCACCAUUGUAGAGAAGGAGGAACGAAGUAUCUUCUACGGACCUUCCAGUCCACGCUCACCCUCUUCUGGACUCCGAGUCACGUUACAAUCCUCGUUGCACACUACGCAGAACCAGUGCGACAACGUCCGCCAGCUGCUUUCUGCACUCACGGAUCCCUCGCAGCUCUCUCAGAUAUCUGAGAUGUAUGCGCCGUCUUCGCCUCCGAAGCCUGCCUUCUCCAUUCUCGAUCACCCUCGCCCGCUCUCAAUCCCAAUGGGCCCCCUAGCUCGGUCACGCACAAUUUCCACGCCGACAAACAAACGUUCAACGUGGAACGGGUCGUACGCCGCGCUGGCGCAGGCAGGCAGCCCUCUGACUCAUAUCCAAAAGCGCCGAUCGCGGCGCAGUGCAGACCUCACUGCUCUGUUUGAGCCUCCGCCGUCGAAAUUCUCCAUGAGCGCGCCUGCGAGCCCGCAGCGCUGCGACCCUGUGCAGGAAGAGCAAGAAGAAGAAGACACCGAUUCAGACGCGGCGCUAGGUCAGGCGGAGUACUUCGGGUCUGCCGCGCUCGACCUUCAGCGCAAACGGAGAAGUGCCGGCAUGGAAGCGUUCGGCGUCCCUCCUCCGAGCUAUGCCACCUCCGCACGCCACCUUCGCCGGACGUCUGUAGGCCAGCAGCCUACCAUCGCGUCGUCCUCACGCCUCACGACGGUGCACACCACGCGCCAUCCUCUGUCACUCACGGGUCUCCGGUUUGCUCUGCACGGUGCCCUCUCAGCUAAGCGCUACGCUUGUUCUCACCUCCUGGCCCUGCGCUUUGGUGAAGAUGAGGAUGACACGUAUUGGGAGGACGUGCGCUCAAUGGUGUCCCUCCUGACGAGCACAUUCGAGGACGCCUCCGCGCGACUGACGGAAGCGCUCGAUAUCGCCGAGAAGAACCGUGUCAAGGACGAGCGGCCCAGUCCGCAGGCAUCCGUUGAUCUCUCUGCCGGGAAUCGGUCGCGACCUGUGAGAACGAUGGCGGAGAUGGUCUCAUUCGCGCCUAUGCCAAGUCACCUCACGCGGUUCGCUGCACAUGUCGACGCGAUGUCGACGGCGUUGAACGACGCGCGGGAGCACCUCGAGCAGUGCGUCACGACUCUACGAGACACCGCGCCUGGGGAGGCAGGGUCAAGCAGUGAUGCAGACGGCGGCGCGUCCGCUGUUCAGGAGCACCCCGCAUUCCAAGCGUACGACCGGCUCAGGAAGGAGCUCGGGUAUGCUCUACGGGAGUGCGAAAGAGGUCGGGAACGCCUGCUCGACAUCAUCUCUGGCCCACGCCAAUCAUCUUUGGGGGAAGAACCUGACUCCCCGGACGACACACCUGGCCUUCGAAAUGACAACGGGAGCGAUACAUCUGAGAAACCUGGUCCGUCAUCCCCCGCUUCGCAUGCUCCAGGUAUCCUGUCUCUCUCAGACAGACCAGGCGCUCUUGGCCUGUCUGUUGGCUCAGAGCGGCCCGACGAAGAGCUCGACGACGCUACUGCGCAUCUGCUCUUGACGACGUCGUCGCGGCACCUGCCGCCGCCUGGCGUCGAGCAAGUGUACGAAGCCGAUACGGGCGGCGCACCCUCGUUCGCUCGGGAGCGAUCGAAGCUCUCGCGGGAGGAGCGCAUCCAGCAGGCGAAGGCGCGUAGGGAGGGCGGCAGGUAUGGACUUGUGCCACUGUCCGAAGUGCCGUCACGACCACAAGUCGAGCGGUGGGGUCCCGGAGGGGAGGUCGUGCAAGAGCUGAAGGACGUCAUAUGGAAAGUCGGCGAGAAGCGGAGGCAACUCACUGAGCAGCCCGCAACAAGACCGGAGCAGGCGACUGUGGUCUCCGUCGAUGAUACCCCGCAGAUCGAUUCAUCACUACUAGAGAGUUUCGAGCUUUCUACAUCAUGACGUUGGUACAGUACAUAAGUUAGGUCGUUUGGAUAGCAUGUCAAUGCUUAUGUUUAGACUAUUCUUCUGUAAUACGCGUAUCAGUGCAAUCUAGCGUCCGUGGAUUAUGACAUUCAUGUUUACCUUUGGUGGAUGCA